UUCUCAUUCGAGUCGAACUGGAGGGAUUUCUGAGCGGUGCAAGACGGCAGCUAACGUAGCUAGCUGGAAGGAGAGAUAAGUUUUCUACAGCGAACCUGCUCUUGUUUACAAACAGCAGUCUUAAGUGCAAAACACCACCUGGGACCCUUAAGAUGGAUCUAGAAGAUGACACCACUAUCUUAGCAACCUUGAAGUCCUUUAAUACCUUCAUCAGUCGCCCUGAACAUCCACAGCGCCCAUCUGAGCAGUCAGCUUGCGGGAGCCUGCAGUCUCACUACAAACGGAGCAUGGAGUUUUUGGAAGCAGCAGAGAAGGUUCACUCUCAGCACCGCUACCUGCAGCUGGACCAGGAGAAGAAACAGAUGGAGCUGAGUCACAAACGAGCUCGUUUUGAACUGGAGAAGGCAGCUUCUGACAGUGCUCGAGAUUUUGAGCAUGAAGUAAGCCGCAACCAAGAACGUUUGGGGCAAAUAAAAAAGUUGGAGGAGAGGGAGAAAGAAGCAACAAAAAAAUUCUCAGAGCAGAUGGAGGCAAACCGUGCUGUCCGCAAGAACCUGGAGGGUCUGAACAAGAAGCUGGAUGAGCGAGAAACUAAACUAACUACAGCUAACCAGACCAUCAGUUCUUUGAAAGAUGAGAUUAGAGACUUGAUGCAGAAGAUUCAAAACCAAGACUCAACAAUUUCUGCCCAAACUCUGGAAAACCAGGAGCUACAAGAACAGCUGGACUUACAGCGCAGCAGAAAGUAUCAAGAAGCUACGCAACUUUGCCAAAGUCUCCAAGCGGCACAAUCUUCUUGUUCAGAGCACAUAAUCAAGAUUAAGGAGCUGGAGAGACGUCUCGCCCUGCAGGAACAAGAUAUCGCCAUUGUGAAGAGUGUUAAGUCCGAGGUGGCAAGAGUUCCAGAUUUAGAAAAGGAGCUUAAGCGUCUCAGGGAAGACAAUGCCUUUCUCAGGGAGAAUAGAGAGAAUUGCAGCCUGUUGAAAGAAGAGGUGGAAGGACUGAGGAGAAAGCUGGAGAGAAUGGAGAAAAACAGAGAAGAGCUGGUCAAUGUAGAACUGGAGAAAGAGAAGCUUGCUGAGAAGCUCCAGGCCUGGGAAAAUAUUGGGCAAUCUACAGGACUCAACAUAAGGAAACCAGAGGAUCUGUCCAGGGAGGUGAUUCAGAUCCAGCAGAGAGAAAUUGCUCUAAAAGAGCAGAACUACACACUCAGCAGCCGUGUUAGGAGCUUGGUGUGUUCCCAGUCUGAGAUUCAGGCAGAGCUGACCCAGCAGUGCAGCAAGACUCUGGAGGAGCAAAAGAAGAGAGAGGCUCAGGAUGCUCUCAUCAGACGACUACAGAAACGAGUUCUUUGGUUAACCAAGGAGCGUGAUGGCAUGCGUGCUUUGCUGGAGUCUUAUGACAGUGAGCUGGCAUCAAACGAGUACUCUCCUCAACUGAGCAAACGAGUCAAAGAGGCAGAAGAGGUUCUGCAGAGGACGCAAAGUCACAACACAGAGAUGGAGGCCCAGCUUACCAAGGCACAGCAGGAGACGGGGGUACUCAAACUACAGCUGCAAAAAGUGGAGCUUGAGUUGGAGACUGUAAAGAAGCAGCUGGUUCCUGGAGCGGACAGCAGCUCUUUAGUGAACAAAGAAGAGGUCAACAUACUGAGGCAAAAAAUUGAAGAUUUAGAGAAAGACCGACAGCGUUUGGAGGAGCAGAAUAACAUUCUGGAGAUGAGACUGGAGAGACACAACCUGCAGGGAGACUAUGAUCCUGUCAAGACCCGGGUCGUUCAUCUAAAGUUUAACCCAACCACCGAGGCCAAGCAGCAGCGUCAGCAGGAAGUGGAGGCUAUUCGAGAGGAAUUGACACAUCUUAGGGAACUUGUACGUUCCUUCCAGGAAGGAGGAAUGGUCUCAAACGACAACUCCAGCAUCCAUACCUCUGGCCUCAGCCUCAGUUUACCACCAUCCAAGGAAGUGCUGGAUUUACGUAAGCAGAUGGAGAGCUCAGAGCUGAGGAACCAGAGGCUAAAGGAGGUGUUUCAAAAAAAGAUUCAGGAGUUCCGCACCGUCUGCUACGUCCUGACGGGUUACCAGAUAGACAUAACCACCGAGAACCAGUACCGGCUCACCUCAGUCUAUGCAGAGCACAUGCAUGACUCCCUGCUCUUCAAAAAAGGCUCCAAUGGAAGCAUGCAGCUCAUGGAAACAGAGUUCUCGAAAACUCUGGGAGAGAUGGUGACCCUUCAUCUGCACCACCAAAAGAGCAUCCCGGCCUUCCUCUCUGCCGUGACGCUUGACCUGUUCAGCCGACAGACCACCUUCUGAAGAGUUGACAUCUUAACAUAACAUGAGAGUCCUUUUUAAAAUGGCUCAGUUAUUAUCAUUAGCUUUGCAAUAUGUGUUCUGUGCGAAGGGCUGUAAUGUGUUUCUUUUAAUAUGUUCAUCUUUAUUGUUUUUGUUAUCAUUCUCCCAAAACUAGUAAAAACCCUUGAAAUAAAAUUAGUUUUUUAUUGAAGCUGGAUAAUGUCACACUAAAAAUUCAGCCAGAGCACAAUUAUUGGUACACUCCCUUUUAAAAUAAAUGCAACAAAUGCUUUUCUUUUCUUUUCUUUUUUUUUUUUGUUUACUUUUGAUUUUUUAAGUUGAUCAAAAUGUGAAGGAGCUUCAAAUUAGUGAUCCAUGACAUCAUGUUUUCCUUGGGUUUAAAUAGGAUCUGACAGAGAGGCCAAUUUCUCUUAGCCAUGUUGGCCACUAGGCUGGAGGAGGACCCAAGUGUUUCUUGCCACCAAAAACAGUGAGGAUAGUAAAAAAGCUAAAAAAUAAAACCUCUGAGGCUAAUUGUUACGGCGUGUUACAACAUGUGCUUCUGUCACUCCAGUAAAUAGACUCACAUGGAAAAACUCUGUUUAAAUAUGGAAAUAAGGUGUAUUAUAAGGCUGGGCGAUAUGUAAAAUAUUUCCAACCUAUAUUCAUCAGUUCAACAAAUGACAAUGAGCGAUAUAUUCACUCAGGUGAUGUUUGGAUGUUUUUGUGGGUGGAGCAAUGUAAGCAGCCACGGAGUGAUCUGCUAAUGUAGGACACAAAUGUCCAAAAAAUGUAAAGAUGCCUAUUUGGGAUUACUUUGUCUUUAAACCGGAUGAAAGAGGUAAACCACAGUGCGUAAUUAAAGCGGUGUGCUGCUUGUGCAGACGUAUAUUGUCAGCAGCGGCGUCAGACACAAGGGGGUGUUUGGAUGAAUAUUUGGAAAACACACCUAAUGCCACUUGUUAAGUGUAGUAUCCUGAAAGCUUCUAGGAACCUUGUUAGCUUGCAUGGCAUCAUGGAUUUUUUGAAUUAUAAAACUUGAGUUAAGCUAAAUAGUUAUCACACACCCCUGAUUUUGUUGAAAACAAACCUUUUUUGAAUUGUGUUUUUUAUGUACUUUUUUAACAGUUUGAUUUUUGUGUGAGUUUAUGCUGCUGCCAGAAAAAUAUUAUCUUACGGGUUUUAUUUUUUUACACCUCCUUUCCAGGGCUGCCUACAGAUUUCUCCUGACGUUUUUGUUCAUAUUGAAGCUAGAUCUAAAGUACUGUGAAAGAAAUCGUUAUUAUCCUGAUGUAAUUUGGCUUUUGAUGUUUCUGGAUUCCUAUGGUACCAACUUCCCUCUCAACAUAUUUAAAAAUUCAAGCUGCUGUUUGAACACAAGGCAAAGAAUAAAAAAAAUCAAUAUUUGAUUAAUCUUCAUCUUAAAUCUGCCAAAUUCUAGUUUUACUGUAUUUAAUCAGAGCAGGCAGCUCUGUGAGCUCAGGCUGGCAGUAUUUGUGUGCUUCUAUUGUCACCAAAGCAGCGGUAUGCCCUGUUGAUUUCAGUAAGCUGCUUAUUUCUCUUUUUUUUUUUUUCCUCUGUGUCUUUCGUUAUUAUCCCAGACUGUUAAAAACAUUUGAAAAUAUAAUUAUGACACCAAAUCGUUGGAGGAUAUGGAAAGUCAGAAUGGGGCAAAAUAAAUGGAGAAUUGUUAAA